AUGGCCGCCGCCGUUGAUGUAAAUCCCCCUCUGGAGGAUGAGAAGCAAAUCUCAACUCAACCCCCUUCACUGUCGCUCAGCACCGGUCUCGCCGUCCGUCUCGCAUGCCGCUCCAACACCCUCACAACCGUGACCUCCGGCCUGGCCCCCACACAUCUCCAAGCCAACCUCAUCAUCCUCCCCUCCCGCUACGCCGCUGACUUCCGACUCCUCUGUGCCCGCAACCCGGUCCCCUGCCCCCUCAUAGCCGAGUCCUCCACCGCCGGCUCAUACACCUGCAUUAAGUCCUGCAACAACGGUCUAUCAGACGCUCAGAUUCUCUCAGACGUCGACAUUCGCCGCGACGCUCCACGGUACAUGGUAUAUCGGGACUCGCAACUCGCCAAGAAGGACUGCCUCGACAUUUGUUCGGAGUGGACGGAUGACCAUGUGGCAUUUUUGAUCGGUUGUUCAUACAGUUUUGAGUCGGCGCUCAAGGAGGCGGGGUUGGAGGACAGACAUACGAAACUGGGGAGGAAUGUACCAAUGUAUCGAACAAAUGUGCCGCUGUGUCCGGCGGGGGUGUUCACAGGGGGUACUUAUGUGGUUUCAAUGAGACCAUACAAGGCUUCUGAGAUUGAAAGAGUGAGGGAGAUUACGAGGGGGUAUAGUGAGACGCACGGGGAGCCGAUUGCUUGGGGGUGGGAUGCGGUGGCGAGGUUGGGGAUUGGGGAUAUUGAUGCCCCUGAUUGGGGUGAGGUGUCGUUGACGUUGACAAAGGACGGGAGGUUUUUGGGGGAUAUGGUGGGCUCGGAGGAGGAGGUUCCUGUGUUUUGGGGUUGUGGUGUUACGCCGCAGGAGGCGGUGAUGAGGGCGGGUAUUGAGGGAACGGUUAUGGCGCAUUCACCAGGGCACAUGUUGUUGUUGGAUGUUAGGGAUCAUGAUAUCAUUCAAAGCUAG